AUGAGAGUUUUGUUUGGGAGUGCUUUGGCUGGUUAUUCCUAUAAAGCAGACCUUUUCAUAACUGCACCAAAGCAGCUGGAAGCACUGAGUGGAUCUUGUUUGCAAAUCCCAUGUAGGUUCAGACCCAAAGAAGAACAGAAAUUUAACAGCAAAAGUGAAAUUUUUGGAGUGUGGAUUAAAAAUAAUCUCGAAUUUACCAACGAGGCAAACAAUGUGAUCUACAACAGUAGUGGAGCAGUUAGCAUCUAUCCAAUGAGUAUUACUGGAAACCUGAGUCAGGGAGACUGCACCACUCUGUUUACUAAUUUAACCACCACAUACACAAACAAAUACUUCUUCAGAGUAGAGAGUGAACCAUUCAAGGCAACAGCUCAGUGUGAUCCUCUUCAAAUAACAGUCACAGAUUCUCCUUGGAGGCCCAGUAUUACAAUCUCAGGUGAUCUGAAGGAGAAGGAGUCUGUCACUAUAACCUGCUCAGCUCUCACUCCCUGUCCACACUCACCUCCUCAACUCACCUGGAAUCUCACACAAGACUCUCACAACAAAAUAGAGCAAAACACAGAUGGAAGCUUUACAACUAAAAUCCAGCAGAACAUCACUCUGUCAGACACACAUGAUGGAAAGAAGAUCAGCUGCUCUGCCAGAUAUCCUGUGAACCAAGGAAAAGACACCAAGACAGCAGAGACAGAAGAGACUCUCAGUGUUUCAUAUGCUCCUAAAGACACCUCAGCAUCCAGCAGUCCAUCAGGUUUGAUGUCAGCAGGCAGCUGGGUGAACCUGACCUGCUCCAGCAGAGCCAAACCUCCAGUCAGCAGCUUCACCUGGUUCAAGAAGAGCAGAGAUGGAGCUGUGAAAGUAUCUGAAGGAGAGAUUUACAGCUUCAAUGUAACAGAUGGAGGAGUUUAUUACUGUGUGGCCACUAAUGAUCUGGGUAAUCAGACAUCAGCAGAGAUUAACAUGACUGUUGGAGGAGAGCAGAAUGAUCACUUCACACUGGGACUAGUUCUUGGAGGAAUCACUGGGACCAUCUUACUAAUUUUCUUGACAAUAUUUCUUUGGUGCUUAAAGUCAAUGCGUCAAACUAUACAACACACUCAGAUUCAACCUCAUGAAGAGCAGGUUGUUGAAGGGCCAGCAAAUAACACAGAAAAAGAGGAAGAAAACAUCCAUUAUGGAGAGGUCAGCUUCUCUAAGCUGGGAUAUGAAGCAUCCUCUGACUCAAUGCAGGACAGAGGGCAGCAGCAGGGUACGGUGUACGCACAGGUGAAAGUCAACAAGCCAGAAAACAGCUUAACACAGAGAGUUAAUGGCCAAGAGGAACUCUACGCUGAGGUGAAGAAAAAAUGAGAAGUAUCUGUUUACAGUCUAUGAAGAAUAAAAUAUAAAUGUGGAGCAUUUACAUGAAAAUAUGUCGUUGUGACUGCCAACAGUUCCUUUUCCAACUUACCAAGAAUUUCUUUAAUAGGUCAUCUGGCUUUUCCUUUAAGUAGACACAGACAGCUUUUAGAAUGCAAACAUCAAUGCUAGUAUUCUGGUGGAGAAAAGAACUCAAUGUGAUUUUUAACUCUCUCCUUCACUUGCUCCAACUUUCUGAAUGAAGUGGGAUGGCAGCUCCAUGAGCAUGUUGAAUAUCUGUCUUUAGUUUUGAUGUCACUAUCUUGUGGCAGCAAGUUGCAUUUAAAAAAAAACCAAAACGUAAUAUAAUUAGUAAGUUGUAAUUAUUCUGCAGAAACAUGCUGUCGAUGAGUGUUAAACAGACUAUGCAACUAUUGAAGGUGAACAGAUUUUAAACACUGUAUAAUCUCUUAAAUGUCCACCAUCAUAUUCUACAAAUCCUAUUUGUGUGGUGGCUUUUUUGUAAGUAAUACAUAUCUCUUAAUAAAUACAACAAUAAAAAGGUGACUUCUAUGGGUUUUUUAAACAAUCUUUUGAAU